GUUGCGGGCGGGGGCUUUCGGCGGUUGCACAACGGCGCUGGGCGGUUGCGGCGGGAGCUGGGCGGCGGUAGCGGCAGUUUGGCGGCUGGGUCGAGUUUGGAGCUGGGUCCCACGGCUUCUGGCUUGAGUGGGCUUUGUGAGUGUGGGGAGGGAGGGGGAGGGGGGACAGAGAGGGAUGCAGGGGUGCUACGCAUGGGGCUCAAGACCCUACGAAGUGCAGCUGCCAUCCCGCAUCCCUCUUCUAUCCACCCCGGUAGCGCCUCCGAGCAUCACUGCCCCCUUCUGGUGCUUCUACCUCCGCCCUCAGUGUUCGCCUGGCCCUUUCACUCCCCUUCUUGCCUCCCCCACCCCUGCCACCUCUCCCCUUCUUGCCCCCCCCCCUGCCACCUCUCCCCUUCUUGCCUCCCUCCCCCUUGCCGCCUCUCCCCUUCUUGCCUCCAGCCGUCACCCACACGCCCUCAGCGCCUCCCACACUCGUCGCCCCCCAGCUGCUGCCGCCGCCGCUAACAACCACCGGCGGCGGCGGCGGCGGCAGCAGUUCACAGCUCCUGACGCUGUCCUCGCUGGACGGAUCAGCGCUCUCAGCACCCGCGCCGGUCGACGCCGCGCCGGCGGGUCGGCUGGGCUCCGCUGCAACAACCACAUCAACCGCCGCCACCGGCGGUGUCGGCGGCGGUGGUGGUGGUGGCGUCGGGCCGGCGGUGGUGGGUCGGAAGAGUUCUCUGCCUUUGGGGCCGUUUGGGAACCAGGCGACUGCACCCCCGUUGGAGACAUGGAGCGAGCCAGCAUCAGAGGCUGGGGGUGGCGGAGGCGGGGAGGGCAGCAGCAGUUAUGAUGACGACGAUGAGGAGGACGAGGACGAUGAAGAGAAGGCGGGGUUGCUGGGUGGUAGAGGCGGCGGUGGUGACGGAGCAUCAGUGGCAUCAUCUCGGGAGCAGCCGCAGCGGCAGCAGCCCGGGGGGGCCGGUCUGUGGGAGCGAGUGCGGUUCGAGCUGACACUGGGCUCCAGCGCAGAGUGGGACGAGCUGCCUCCCCGCAGCCUCCGCCGCCGAUGGCGCUCCCUCACCUUCCCGCUGCUCCUCCCCGUCUACGCCGCGCUCCGCUUCUCCAUCCCCUUCGUCGACCCAGCCUCCUACAGCCGCGCCUGGCUGGUCGUCACGUGCGCAGGCGGACCGCUGCUCGCAGCCAUCUACCUGGCCCCCGGCUCCUGGGCCGCAGCACUGGUGGCGGGGGGCCUGGGAGCGGCGCUGGCGGCCGCGGUUGCAUGGUUUACGGCGGGUGAGGAGGAUGCGCUGCCGGAUUGGGACCUGGGCACUGGGUUUGCGUUCGGUCCGGCGGUGUUUGCGGUUUUCGGGUUCCUGAUGGGGGUGUUGUGGAUUAACGGUCUGGCGUCGGAGGUGGUUGGGAUCAUAGCGUUGAUGGCGGGGUUGGUGCGGGUGCCGGCGUCGGUGAUGGGGUUGACGUUGCUGGCGUGGGGGAACAGCCUGGGGGACUUUUUCGGAAACCCGGCGAUGGCUCGACGCGGGCAACCCACUAUGGCCCUGACCGCGUGUUUUGGCGGGCCGUUGUUCAACAUGCUUGGGUCGUUGGCGCUGGGUUUCGGGUCGUACUUUGCAAGGCGGCACGUGGGUCAUGCGGAUGUGGAGCUGCGGCCGGAGGUGGCGCUGGGGUGCGUGAUGCUGGUGGUGUACAAUGUGGUGGUGGCGGUGGCGGGGCUGGUGAACCAUGGGUCGCUGCCGGAGCGGUUCUACCUGUUUGCGCGAGCAUGGUACGGGUUGUACUUUGUGGCGGCGUGCGUGACGGGUCUGUGGGUGGGGCAGGCGCAGUGAGGAAGAGGUAGAGGAGGGAGGAGGGACGAGGGAGAUGAGAGGUAGGUGGUAGGAUAUGUGUUUGGUGGUGGUGGUGGUCAGGUGGAGAUGGAGGUUCUCAUUGCUCACAUUCAGUAGAGGCGUGAGCAGCCACCGGUGGGCUGAGGCUGUUAUGCUGGACACACUUUUGAGGGACGGUUGAGUGGUGGUGUGAUGUGGUUCGGCUGUGCAGACUCGCGUAAUUACUUUACGACAGGUAUUGAAUAAAUAAGGUACGGUAUUGAUGAGUAUCGAUUACAACAUGUGCAAUGUGUUCUCCACUACUCGCGUCCUCAGCAGCAAGCCCACCACAUUGCCAGCAGCCACCCCGCGCUGGAAAGCCACUCGCUGGUUCCCACAAGCUACUGCUGUUGCUAAGAGGCCCACAACGUUACUUGCCCCGACGUCGAUGCCCACUGCGAGCAACAUGAAUCAUGUCGCAUUGACCACCGCCGAGCGUAUACCAAACUUGUCGACGCAUUUGUAAGCAAGGCCAUCC